AUGUCAGGCUCAAAGGCUGCCUUGAAAGGCAUAAACGAGGCCGUCAAAUCGCAGAAAUUUGAUGACGCUAUCGCCAAGUCCCAAGAUCUGCUGAGGAAGGACCCCCAGAACUAUCAAGCGAACAUAUUUUUAGCCUUUGCGUUGGACAAAAAUGGCAGAACUGAAGACGCUGAAAAGGUCUACAAAACAGCCACAGAGUUGCGCCCCACGGAAGGCCAAGGCUGGCAAGGUCUCAUCAAGCUCUACGAGAAACAAGGCGCGCAGAAGCUCGGAGAGUACCAGCAUGCUGUCAUCCAGCUCUCUCAUAUUUUCCACGCAGCGAAUGAUGCAUACAAGGCGCAGGAUGUCGCAGACAAAUUCGUCGACUUUGCCCGCGUGAGAGGAGAUCGUCUGCAAUACGCUGAUGCACUGUGGAUCAGACUUCCAGAAAGCCCUCUGUACGCUAUUCUCGAAGGUCGGUUUCCUGCGCCAGCCAAAACCUACGAAACCAUUGCUGUGAUUCUCGAAGACUUUGAGAAGAAGCGCAUCAAUACACUUGUUGGAGAACGCAGAACUCGACUCGGAGCCAAGCUGAACGAAGUGACGCUUGAAGUAAAGCGUGAAGUCUAUGCACAAAGCAAACUGGAAAGUGUGUACCGACAACUCAUAAAUUGGACGACUGAUGACGACUUGAGGCGCACAUAUGAAGAGAAGCUUGUGCAGUAUUGCCAUGAUCGCCUCCUUGCCCUUCCCGCUGGCGAACAAAAAGCCGCAGAGCUGGCCAAGGUGAUUGGCCUUGCCAACGACAUGGUCGUAAUCAAGCACCCCUUCCGGCUCGCUUGGGAGAUUGCCAUCAACUGGCAAGACCACAAGGAAAUCUCCGACUGGAGCGCCGAUUUGUUACACAGCUACUGUGCCCACUUCCCCGAGAGCGAUCUGUACAAAGUCAUCACUGCUUUCCUGACUUCGCCUAUAUCACCAUUUCCAGCUGCCACUCCAGCACAGCAAAAGCCAUGCGCCGAUGAGUUGACUGACGACAGUGAUGAUGACGACGGCGGGGUUCCUACGUCAGUGGUUCCGCUCACUGACGAAGAUCGCAUCAUCAUGAUAACAGAAGGCAUUGCAGCCACUGAGUCAUCACUCGGAUACAGACUUGUUGGUGAAUUCUUCCUUCACUAUGGCGAAUAUGAAAGUACAGUCGAGUACAUGCGAAAAGCGCUUCAGUUUAUUGCCAAAGAGAAAGCCUUGAGCAGCUUCUACUUCAAAGACACAACAGACGCCUAUUCCCUCUGCCUGGCCACAUCGCUCGUCUACUACCAGUCACCACGGCACCACAGCGAAGCAAAAGGUCUCUUCGAGAAGGUCUUGAAGCAUGAUGCAACGACCACGCGUGCCAUGAUUGGUGUGGGACUUAUAUACGAGGAGGAGGAAGAGUAUGACCAAGCUGUCGAUUUCCUGGAGCGAGCCUUGCAAAAGGAUAUCAAGAAUACAAAAGUCAGGUCAGAAGCUGCAUGGGUACGAGCGCUCAAGGGCGAUUACAAGCUCGCCGCCGACGGGUUGCGCGAGUGUCUAAACGCUCUAGAUGUCAAGGAGCCAAACAAGGAACUUCUUGCCGAUGCACAGUAUCGACUGGGCUACUGCCUUUGGAAUUCUGACACAUCUCGCCAAGCCAGAAAGCAGCGCAAAGGAGAAUGUGCUUACGCCUACUGGCUCGCAGCUCUGAACAACAACCUCGAUCACGCACCUUGCUACACCAUGCUGGGAAUCUUCUACAGCGAUUAUGCUAACGACAAAAAACGUGCACGUCGCUGCUUCCAAAAAGCUCUUGAGCUGUCUUCCGCAGAAGUCAUCUCUGCCGAGCGCCUCUCUCGUUCCUUUGCGGAGGAUGGCGACUGGGACAGGGUUGAACUGGUCGCUCAGCGUGUGGUGGACUCUGGCAAAGUCAAGCCACCGCCUGGAUCCAAGCGAAAGGGCAUCAGUUGGCCAUUUGCAGCUCUUGGAGUUGCCGAAUUAAACAAGCAUGAGUAUCACAAAGCCAUCGUCUCCUUUCAGUCUGCACUUCGACUCGCGCCGGAAGAUUACCAUUGCUGGGUUGGUCUCGGUGAGAGCUACCACAAUUCCGGAAGAUACGUCGCCGCGACGAAGGCAAUCAUCAACGCCCAAAAACUUGAGGAGCAGGCAGACAAGGACAUGUCGGCAGACUCCUGGUUCACCAAGUUCAUGCUUGGUAAUAUCAAGCGCGAGCUGGGAGAAUAUGAUGACGCCGUUGAACUAUAUCGGUCGGUGAUCAAGACGCAUCCAGCCGAAGAAGGUGUCAUUAUCGCAUUAAUGCAGACCAUGGUGGACAAUGCGCAGAUUAGUGUCGAAAAGGGGCAGUUUGGCAAGGCCAUCGAAUUUGCCUCGGAAACAAUCGAAUUUGCGUCAAAAGCUGAAGAAAAUGUUCUGGCGACUUUCAACUAUUGGAAGACUGUUGGUGACGCUUGUUCAGUGUUCGCUUCUGUCCAGAGUCGUACUUCUGAUUUUCCCCUGGAAGAUGUUCGAGCGAUACUAGAGAAGGCUCCCAAGGAAGCAUUCGAAAUCAGCGCCAAUGUUGACAAAGUCACCACGGAUAUUGUCUCGGCUCAAGGAAUCUACCCCGCGGAUGAGAAAUCUGGCGUCGAGCUAACCAGGUGCAUCCAGGCUACGAUUUUGUGCCACAAGGUUGCUGUUCAUGCCGUAUCGAAAGACGUCCAUGCCCAAGCCGUUGCCAUGUUCAACCUUGGCUGGGCUGAAUUUAGGGCGCAUUCUUGCUUGCCGGUUUCCAUGCGGAAGAAGUCAAGCAACUACCUCAAGGCAGCCAUUAGAUGCUUCAAACGAGCUAUUGAGCUCGAGGCUGGCAAUGCUGACUUUUGGAACGCACUGGGUGUAGUGACAAGCGAGGUUAACGGUGCCGUGUCGCAACACUCAUUUGUCCGCAGCAUCCAUAUUGACGAGCGCAGCCCGGUGGGAUGGACGAAUCUUGGUGCGCUCGCUCUCAUGUCUGGAGAUUUCAAAGUGGCCAAUGAAGCCUUUACCAGAGCACAGUCGACUGACCCCGACUACGCGCAUGCAUGGCUUGGUCAAGGCUUUGUCGCUCUUCUGUAUGGAGAUGCUAAGGAAGCCCGUGGCCUGUUUACACAUGCAAUGGAUAUUGCCGAAGCAUCAUCUCUUUCGGUUCGUCAGCAAUAUUCCUCGUCCAUGUUUGACCACAUUCUAGUCGGGCCGACGAACAUCACCAUUGCAUCGUUAUUGCAGCCCGUGUUUGCGCUAAAUCAAAUACAGAGCAUGCGGCCGGAGGACUUUGCCUUUGGUCACCUCGCCAGCUUGUUCUUGGAGCGCACUCGCGACCACGCCCGUGCCGUGGAGAUCCUGGAGACGAUUUGUUCCAGCAUAGAAGCGGACUAUGAGCAGACAGAAUCUCCGCUGAGCCUGGCCCGGUUCACGCUGGCGAGAAUAGAUCUUGCUCGUGCAUACCUGGCUUCCAAGUCGUACGAUAAGGCCAUUGAAUGCGGCGAGAUGGCGCUGGGGCUAAGUAGCGACGAACAAGACAGCGAAUUAACGAGAGAGCAACGCAAAAAGGCGAGGCUCUCAGCGCACCUGACGGUUGGGCUAGCCCAAUUUUACGAGAAAGACUUUGGCGAGGCCGAAAAAUGUUUUGAAGCCGCGCUUGAAGAGUCGGACAGCAACCCAGAUGCAACAUGUUUGCUGUCGCAGGUCCUGUGGGCUCAGGGCACAGAAGAGGCGAAGGAAAAGGCACGCUCGUCGCUAUUCGAAGUCAUUGAGGCGCACCCCGACCACGUGCAGAGUGUGCUGCUGCUGGGCGUCAUCGGGCUGCUUGACGAGGACGAGGGCAAUGUGGAGGCGGUGGCCGAAGAGCUACAGGCGUUGCGCGCCAGCGAUCGCGUAGCGGAUCGGGAGCAGGCGCAGAUUGGCGAAGUGAUGCGGGUCAUGGCGACGCUCGGCGCGGCGGGUGCCGAUGAGGUGCUGGCGCUCACACAGAUGCAGACGGACGUGAUGCUACACCCACACCUGCCGCACGGGUGGUCGGCGCUGGCGGCGGCAGCGGGCGACGCGCACGCGGCGCAGACGUCGCUCAAGGUGGCGCGCAGGGGCAUCCCGCCGCGCGGACGGCUGGACGCGACGGACCUCGCGGCGUCGCACGCGGGUACCGGCGGGGUUGCGGACGCGCAGAGGGCAGCGGUCCUGGCGCCGUGGGAGACGGCAGGGUGGGCGGCUCUGAAGAGGGCGACGGAGGGGGUCUAG